AGUAUCGCGAAUUAAUUUAAACGGCGCCCGAUAAAGGCCGAUGUAAACAGUUCUCCGAAAACUAUGAUUGCGAACGGACAGUCAACAAAGUCGCGCCCUCGGCCGCUGGCCAGUGUCCUUCUCCUGGUCUUGGGUCUGUGUCAGGUGUCCGGAGUAGCCGUCGCCCAGCCAGAGGGUCGAGUGGUGGGCGGCUCGGCAGCGGCGGCCAACAGUGCUCCCUAUGCGGUGUCUAUGCAGUACAGCGGCACCCACUACUGUGCCGCCAGCAUCCUGAAUGCCAACUGGCUGGUCACGGCUGCCCAUUGCCUGGCCAAUAGUGCUCAGGUCCUGGGAAGCACCCUGGUGGCAGGCAGUAUCGCCGUGGCGGGAACAGCCAGCACAACGCAGAAGCGGAGCAUCACUUACUUUGUGGUCAACGAUCUGUACACGGGCGGAACCGUGCCCUACGACAUCGGUCUGAUCUACACGCCCACCGCCUUCACGUGGUCCGCUGCAGUGGCUCCUGUGACGCUUCCCUCCUCGGGAGUGGUUCCAACUGGCACCGCCAACCUCUAUGGAUGGGGUAGCACCAGCACCACCAACUCUGCCACCUAUCCCACAACGCUACAGGUGGCCACCAAUGUGCCCAUCAUUAGUCUUACCUCCUGCGAGGAAGCCCUGGGCACCAAGGGCAGCGAUGUCCACUCGACCAAUCUGUGCACGGGUCCCCUCACUGGUGGCGUCAGCAUUUGCACUUCGGACUCGGGAGGUCCUUUGGUCCAAGGAAAUGUCCUCAUCGGCAUCGUGUCCUGGGGAAAGUUACCCUGUGGUCAGGCCAACUCGCCGUCAGUCUAUGUGCAGGUGUCCUCGUUUAUUUCCUGGAUAUCCGCAAACCAAGUGGCGCCGUAGCUUCCUUCCUGAUUUUAACACUUUUAAUUCAAUAAAGUAAGACGAUUUUGUAGACUAGCUCAAGAGGCAAUGGUUUAUAAAUGAGAUCUUCUUAGGCAUUGCAAUUACUUUUUGUUGAUAGUAAUAUUUAUCUUAUCACAGAGAGUGGAAAUAGUGAUACACAUAUGACAUCCAUGUCUAAAGGUUGUCUAUUUAGGGUUGACUGGGAAUUCACCAGAGGUUG